AUGCAACGCAGAUCCCCACCUCACAGAUCCGUUGGCAUGCGCGCAUACAGUGGGAAGGGCCUCAUGCUCUCACCGGCUUUGUUUGAAUCGAGAUGGUCUUCUGUCAAUGCCGGGGUGCGGCUCUACGGCGCCUUCGCUCGCGAGCCUGACUCGCGCGACUUGCAGCGGCGACUAGGCAACGGCGGCGUGAGGCGUGGGCGCCGUUUUUCAGCCGCGCCCGACACGCUCGUAAUCUACGCCGAACGCUCGCUUGGACCUCGUCCAAACUCGCGACUUGCCGAGCCCACUAGCAGCUUUGCGCAUACCUCGCUCUCUAGCGGUGAGCUCGCCCACCACAUCGGCGACAACCUCGCCGCCAUGAUGCCUGCCCCGCUACCUUGA